UCCACGUCUAUAAGACAAUUGUUGUUCCUAUGCUCCUCUAUGGAUGCGAAACCUGGGUGACCAUUCGACAGCAUCACAAGAGUCUGGAGAGCAGGGCCAGCUUUACCAUUUUUGCUGCCCUAAGCAAAAAACAAAACAAAAAACUGCUCGGGCUGCCGCCGCCCGAACUACAGAAGCGCAAAAAAAAAAAAAGCUGACCGGCCUCUGCCACCCCAAGAAUGGACGGAAUGCCGCCUCUUAGCAUGUGCCGCCCCAGGCAUACGCUUCCUCUGCUGGUGCCUGGAGCCGGCCCUGCUGGAGAGGUAUCACCAACGAUGCCUCUGGAAGAUCCUUUGCAUCAAAUGGCAAGAUCACCACACUAACGCCAGCAUCCUUCACUGAAGCCAAUGUCACCAGCAUUGAAGCAAUGAUCCUCAAGCACCAACUUGGUUGGGCUGGACAUUGUGUGCGGAUGCCAGACUCUCACCUCCCAAAACAAGUCCUCUACUCUCAGCUCACCCAUGGUGGUCAGAGGAAAUGCUACAAAGACACACUGAAAGCGUAUCUUAAGAAAACUGAUGUGGACAUCACAACCUGGGAAGAGCAAGCCACCAACCGACCCCAAUGGCGCCAUAUCCUCCAUCAGGCAGUGGCCCGCUUCACGUCGAAGCGCCUUGCCCUCGAAGCUGAAAAGAGAGAAGAGGAAGGAAAAAGAUAGAACUUUCUUCCAGCAGGCCGCUGGCCUCCCACAAAAUGUUUGUACCUACUGCGGGUGGAUUUGCGGUUCCAGGAUCAGACUCCUGAGUCAUCUCAGGACCCAUAUACAAAUCUGUGGUAUAGAUCAUCCUCUAAUCGAGGGAUUGCUAAUCAUCAUAAAGCAGACACUUGCUUAGAAGUUCACUGUCCUGCACAUGAACUUGGCAAAGGCAGAGCUAGCGUUGCUGAAAAACAGGCACUCCCAGGACGUCCUAGGCCCUGGGUAUUCAUAGAAACACAUUCCGGAAGGAAAGCUCAGGUCCACCCCAGCACAGAGGUGCGAUAUAAGCACAAUCCUGGGAGCUGGCACAGGAACACACGACCCCAAGUAAGACAAGGAUUGGGAGGACAGGCUGAUGGAUGAACUUGUUUGUAUUGAUGUAUGGAAGGAGAAGUUGCUGGAGGGGCACCUGUGUCCAGCUGAGGGGGCUGCAGAAAGUCCCGCUGCUGGCUGAGCUGGUCCAUUGUCAUAGGCAUAGAUGUGCUAGUGUACCUGUAACCAGGGAGCCAUGGUGCUAGGACCAUACUUGGUCGACAAUAAUCCUGAGCAAGGGCCUUUGCCGCCGAACCAAGUGUGUGGUCUUUGUAGGUAGUGCUAUCAAGGGUCUUCUGGGCCAGCUACCUGUGCAGGGCUGGGACAGCACGCAGAGAGAACACACACACCCAACUGUCACUACUGAGAACCCACUGAUGCAUGACUGAGUCACAAAGGUCCUCCUGAUGUCACAGGACAAGGAUAAUAGAAAAGGCAGAUCUCUCUCCUGCUCAGCGGCUGGUGAGAGGAGAGGGCUAGAAGUGUCUCCAGGCAGGGACCCAAAGUCUGAGUGACUGACAGGAUACUCUCUGCCUCGUUCUGCCACCAUGAAGUUCCAGAGGAAGAGGGAUAUCAAGCAGCAGAUCCGGGAGCUGCGUGCCAUCAUCUCACUGCAAGAGCAAGGGAAGAAGCUUUUUGCACAUUCGACGGAGGAGAAGCUCACUCAGAACAAAGGGCUCAUCAGCUUCCUGCGCGGGAAUGUGCACGACGAGAUGUGCACCCUGGGCGUGGCUCAGAAGUACGACCAGGUGACGAUUUCCCAGGCAUGCUGGGAUCAAAAGCACUUGAAGAUGCAUUUAGCCAGGAGCACUGUGGAGGCUGCCCGAGAGAAGCUGCAAAACUCCAUCUUUGACAGGAUGAACGUGCACAACGUGCUGCUGUACGAGGUGACGAGGCGGGGCGGGAUGCUGGAGGAGCUGCAGCGAAAGCUGCAACACCUGGCAGACAUGGAAGGAGCAGACAGACAGGGCCAGAUACAGCUGCAGGUGAUUCGUCAGCUGGAGAAUAACAUAGAGAAAAUGCUGAUGAAAAUCAGGACUGGUGAAAAGAUUUAUUACCUGUAUCUGAAGAUGGUGGAUUUCCUGAAGGAUGAAAUAGCCCAGCUCCCUUUGCAGCUGGACGUCCUUCAGCACAUGGUAGAAGUCUACCAGGUGGAGCUGAAGGGCAUGAGACUGAUGGCUGUGGAUGCCACCGAAGCGACAGAAGCAGCCAAGAUGGACAUGACCAAUAUGGAAACUGAAUUCAUUGCAGAGAGAAGGUUCAGGGAGAAUUCCCUAAACUUCCAAAAGAAGCAGAUUGACAGGAUCCGGGUCAAGGAUGCGAGCGAGCGGCACAGGAGAGUGCAGGCCAGGCGAGAGCUCAAUGUGGAUUUCCCAGUCCUGAUAUUGCGUGAGUCGCUGAAAGGUGCAAAGCUGGAGGCCUCCAAAGCCCAGAUUGAGCAUCAGGCCCAAGUGACGUCUGAGGUAGACAAGAUAAAGUGUGCAGUGCAGUGCUCACACCUCUGGGACAUCGCAGGGAGGUUCCUGGCCCAGCAGAAGACUGGGGAGAACCUGCAACAGCAGAUAGUGGAGUGUGAGCAGAAGCGUGAGGAGCUGGAGGCAAAGCUGAAGGAGCUGGAACUGGAACGUGCUGAGCUGAAAUUCCACCAGACCCCAAGCUCCAUAAGCUCUAGGAAACUGGCGGAAGAACUGAAGAAGAAUUUGGAGGCGGAAGAGGUCCGGCUACACCAAGUGCACACCCAAAUGCUGAAGAAUCAGGAGCUUCUGCUCAGCUUUGAAAAUGGCGUUGACAACCUCCUAAUUCGCCUGUGCGGGAUCACUGUGCCUGGCCAUGGUGACAUUCGCGUGGACACCAGUGACACUUACGACAAGCUGCAGUUCUGUGAGACAAAGCUGCUGCACUUGACAGAGGUCAUGACCAACCUUCCAUCCUACAACUUCAGCAGGGAGGAGAACAAUGAGACCUAUGUGAAAGUUAGGAAUUUCCUGGAGGAAAGUACAAGGAAUGAGCGUCAGAACCUGAAGAUUUCUUUUGAGGAUGAAGAAGAUGCUGUUAGAGAUGCCUUUGAUUUUGCUGACAUUGACCACAGCUACGUGCCCAACCGGGACGAGAUCAAAAAGCAGGGUGUGCGCCUGAUUGAAACCAUGACCAAGGCUGCCAAGAAGAAGCAGCGAGGAGGCCGGAAAGGCGCCUAAGGUCCAGUGCCACCA